CUAAUCAGAUAAGAUUUAAUUUGCUAACAGUUCCCUUUGUGUCCAACUAGUCAUUCCGGAUAGGAAAUGAUACUUUUGUGGAGAAAGUCAUACCCUCAGUGAACAUUUGGACUUUGUUACCUCAGCCUGACCUCCGCGGGGCGCUUCUCACGUAGGCACGCGCCCCGGUCUCAGCGUGACGUAGCCGCUGGCGCCCGGUUAGCUAGCUUCUAAGCUAGUUAGCUACUUGUUUUUGCCUUCUGCUCACUUCGUCCGAUAACGUGAGAUAACUCGCUUAUAACCAGUGUUUUUUGACCUGGUUACUCUCGGUAUCGGCCAUGGACGACGAAACGCACCCCAAAACCCUGUAUGUGGGAAACCUCUCCAGAGAUGUAACAGAAAUCUUGAUUCUUCAACUCUUCGCCCAGAUAGGUCCAUGUAAAAGUUGUAAAAUGAUCACAGAGCAUACAAGCAAUGACCCCUAUUGCUUUGUGGAGUUUUAUGAACACAGAGAUGCUGCUUCUGCCCUUGCAGCCAUGAACGGGAGGAAGAUUUUAGGAAAGGAGGUCAAAGUAAACUGGGCCACCACACCGAGUAGCCAGAAGAAAGACACAUCCAAUCACUUCCAUGUGUUUGUGGGUGAUUUGAACCCAGAGAUUUCCACUGAGGAUGUCAAAGCUGCGUUUGCACCUUUUGGGAAAAUCUCGGACGCCCGUGUUGUGAAGGACAUGACGACGGGCAAAUCAAAGGGGUAUGGAUUUGUGUCCUUCUACAACAAACUGGAUGCUGAGAACGCCAUCGUUAACAUGUCGGGGCAGUGGCUCGGAGGUCGGCAGAUCAGGACCAACUGGGCAACGCGCAAACCCCCCGCGCCUAAAAACACUCAGGACAAUGGCUCAAAGCAGCUGAGGUUUGAUGAUGUUGUGACUCAGUCCAGUCUUCAGAACUGCACCGUGUACUGUGGAGGGAUCCAGUCAGGACUAUCAGAGCAUCUAAUGCGUCAGACUUUCUCUCCAUUCGGUCAGAUAAUGGAAGUCAGGGUUUUCCCAGAGAAAGGAUAUUCCUUCAUCAGGUUUUCCUCCCACGACAGUGCUGCGCAUGCCAUUGUUUCAGUAAAUGGCACCGCCAUCGAAGGACACAUAGUCAAGUGCUACUGGGGCAAAGAAUCUCCCGACAUGGCAAAAAGUCCACAGCAGGUUGAGUACAGCCAGUGGGGGCAGCAGUGGAACCAGGUGUACGGGAACCCACAGCAGCAGUAUGGCCAGUAUGUGACCAAUGGAUGGCAAGUCCCCUCCUACAACAUGUACAGCCAGACCUGGAACCAGCAAGGCUUUGGAGUGGAGCAGUCCCAGUCACCAGCCUGGGUGGGGAACUUCGGAUCCCCAUCAGCCCAAGCCGCAGCCCCGCCCGGCCCGGUCAUGUCCAACCUGGGCAACUUCAGCAUGGCCGGCUACCAGACGCAGUGAGGCGUCCCUCACGCGCAGCGUUACACCACGCCGACUUGGUCUGAACGGCUGCUGUCCAAUAAGAAGGGCAGGAGACGGAUUCGCCAAGCCUCUGUACCUAAUCGUUGCUGCAUAACAACCGGUGUAACAGUUAAGUUUGAAAUGAUGGCCCUCAUUAGCCUGAGACCUUUUUAAAGUUAUAUUGUGGAAAAAGUGCUCUUGGGCUUCUGAAGAAAAGCCAACUCAUCAAUUUUUAUCCGAGUAGAUCGACCUUUUGAAUGUUCGCCCCGGUGAAACAAGUUUUAUCAUUCUCUCUGGAGAACCACUCAUGGUUCCCAGAUUGUUUUAAGCAUUUAUUUAACAGCAGUAAAGAAUAACAAAAUUCAAACAGAAGUUUGACCCGAUCCGCAGCUCACUCGGCCAAACCCUCAAAAUGUCGAUCUACCUCUGUAAGGCUAAUUGCUACUCUUUUUUGAAUCAAAACCAGAGAAAACACUGAAAAUCACAGGAACGUCCACAUGACCGUGUACAGAGUUUUUCAUGUGGGUGGAAAAGCCAUCUUGUUCUUCCAGCGGCUCACUGGAAUCCGACGAGGAUUAAAGUCACCGAAAACCUCAAUCAAGAUCAAGAACAAAUUCUGAGACUAUAGCAAUAUCCGCUCCGUUUGCCAAUGAGUUUUUAAAGUCCUCUAAUGUUCAUUUGCUGGUCAUACUUGGGCAUUUUUCUGUCAUUUUAUACAA